UUGAUAUAGAGCUAAAUGCAUUAAAUUAACUGCCCAUCGCUUUGGAAACAAAACAUUUAACCGUUCAACUGGUUAACUACCUAGCUGUUAUGCUAAGUUAGCCAGCCAGCUACCUUUAUUUAACCAGAAUCGGUGGAUAAUUUUUAAGAGGUCUGUGUAGGCGAAUAGACUACAGCCAAUCAUUUCAGAGGUAGGAGUCCAGUAAGGAACGAGAUCUGGUCUCACAUUUCCUUCUCUCCGGACCUGGGACAUACAUGUCUUUGUUAUGAAGCUGGGAGUGAGGCUAUGUGUGCUGGUGAUCUCUCUCCAGCUUUGGGCUCUAGGACAGAGGCAGGAGCUUGAGCCAGAGCAGGUCCUUGUGUUCUGUGAUGACAAAGACGUGGAGGCAGCUGUGGACUUGGCCCUUGUCAAGUACAAUGAGAAGCUUCCUUAUGGAAAUCAACUAGCACUCUACCAGAUUCUGGAGGCCUCAACGGCUCAGAGUGACUCAGGCACUCAGUACUUUGUGGAAUUCAAUGGCAGGGUCACUGACUGUCCAGCAGGGGGAAACAAAGUCUGGAGAGACUGUGACUACCUCUCAACUGGGAACCAGGUGCCAAGCCCUUGUAAUGCAACAGUCCACAUGUCAGAGACAGAUAAAGAGGUCCUGGCAGUUUUCUGUGACCCAGUUGUGGAGGCCCCUGUUGUUGUUGAACGCUCCACAUGUCUGGGGUGUCCGAGGGAGAUUGAUGUGGACAGUGAGGACCUAAAGGCUCCUGUGACAUACUCCAUCACCAGGUUCAAUGCGGAUUCUGACUCCAGCCAUCACUUCGUCCUGAACAGUGUUGGUUUUGCUACGAGACAGGUGGUUGCUGGAUUCAGGUAUAGACUGAUGUUCGAUAUGAGGAAAAGCAAUUGCUCCAAAGCGGACCACAAAGAGCUGAACGAUGAAUGUCAUCCAGAUGCUGAAGAUGUGGAACUUGCUCACUGCAAUUCUACAGUAGAUGUGGCACCUUGGAGACAUGAGACUGCAGAAGCAAAUGUGGAAUGUGCACCAGGUCCCCUUCAGAAUUUUGAAGUCUUUAGAAGAAGGCCUCCUGGAUGGUCUCCCUUGAGGAACUUCAACAAUUUUGCCGAAGCAACUCCAGCCUCAACUGCUUCAGCCAAAGAGGAGUCUUUAGAAGAGUCUCAGGAGCUCAGCCUGACUGCUGUCACCACAGCUAGCAGAGACCCAGAGCCAGCCAUGCCCCCCACCACUACUGCAGAGAGCCCUUUCCACUGCCCCUCCAAGCCCUGGACGCAGUUAGUCCCUCUAACAAUCCCCAGCCCUGCACAGGAGAAAAGCACAACAUCCCCGACAGUGGUAGAGGGGUGCUUUAGUGAUUUAGACUUGCUGGGGAAAAAAUAAGUGAAUGCUGUAUAAUGCAUUUGUAUCAUAAGCACACCUGCUGAUUUGAAAUAAAAAAUAAUCAUUUUAUUCUCUUUUUGACAAUGCAGUUCAAUCUUACUUUUGCAUUUCCUCAAAUUUGUCAAAGGACAUAUUAACUGUUUGGCAAUUUGAUACUAAAAAUAAAUAACUAAAUGUAUGAAA